AGACUGCGCAAUAUCAUCAUGGGCAGUUAACGUUAAGGAGUGACAGUCGAGUCGAUAUUAAUGUCAGUUUUUUUAUAUAUAUUUUGUGAAUUCCUGGUAUUCUAUGCACCUUAGUCCUUCGUUUUAGAGGUAGUUGUUUUUGGAAGCCAUGCGGCGAAGUAAGGCUGAAGUGGACCGUUACGUUUCCUCAGUACAGAGUUCCUCUCCCUCACUCAAAGAGAAGCCAGUCAAAGGAUUUUUAUUUGCUAAAUUGUACUUUGAAGCAAAGGAAUAUGAACUUGCGAAAAGACAUGUAUCAGAGUAUCUCAAGGUCCAGCAGAGGGAUCCGAAAGCACACAAAUUCCUUGGACAGCUCUAUGAGAAAGAGGGAGACAUUGACAAGGCAGUAGGAUGUUACAAGCGGUCGGUGGACUUGAACCCAGCCCAGAGGGACCUGGUGCUGAAGGUGGCUGAGUUACUGGUCAGUAAGGAUGAAUGUGACAGCAGAGCAGAGUUCUGGGUGGAGAAAGCGGCAAAGCUUCUGCCAGGAAACCCUGCAAUCUUCAACCUGAAGGAGCGUCUGUUGAGUCGUCAGGGUCAGCAGGGUUGGAACCGGUUGUUCGACCUUCUCCAGGCUGAGCUUGCAGCAAGGCCAGGCGAUACACAUGUGAAUGUGAAGCUGGUUCAGUUGUUCUGUCAGGACGGCCGACUGGAUGAGGCCGUCAAACAUUGCCUGGCUGCUGAGAAAAGGGGCAUGCUGAGCCACAGCCUGGACUGGUACACAGUGGUAGUGCGCACACUGCAGGAAUAUCUGGCUCAGCCCAGCGUAUCUAGCAAUGAAAAGAUGUGUCGGCGUCUCCAGAGGGAGCUGCUUUUGGCCCAUUGCAGCCUCCUGAGAAUCACACUGUCUGAGAGCAUCAUGCAGCCCAGUCGUGAUGCGCUCAGAAGUUUUGACCAAGCUAUGCAGACACUGAGCAGCGUUGCAGGCCGCCACACAGAUGAGCUUUGUGAGGUGUUUGUGGAGAUGAGAGGUCACCUCUACCUGCAUGCUGCCACACUGCUGUUGAAGCUGGCACAGGAUCGCCAACAGACCUGGAGGGUUGUCAUUGACCUGGCUGCACUGUGCUACCUGCUGGCAUACCAGGUCCCCAGACCAAAGCCUAAAGUGACCAAAAGAGACCAGUCAGCCCCACCGCUCCUGGAACUGCUGGCCAACGAUCGACAGAGUCAGGCUGGACACAUGUUGCUCAAUCUGAGCACUGAUUCAUCCACCUUAAUCAGAGAGGUGGUGGAGGCAUUUGGAAAUCGUAGCGGUCAGGACUCUCUGUUUGAACUCCUGUUUGGACCACAGGCCUCCACUGGAUCUUCAUUUAUUGCCAAUGAUGACAUUCGUUCCAUUAACACCACGGCUCCAGAGCUCUCUCAGCUUGCCAAAUGGGACACUGGCUCCAUCCUACUGCAUGGUGGUGACUUGCAGCAUCUGAGUUGGUUGGGACUGCAGUGGACUCUCCUGGCUCAAAGACCAGCCCUACGGGACUGGUUAGCACAGCUCUUUCCUAGGCUUACCCUGGAAACUUCCAAAUUGGACACAAAUGCACCAGAGUCCAUCUGCCUGCUGGAUCUGGAGGUUUUUUUACAAGGUGUGGUGUUCUGUAGUCACUGCCAGCUCCAGGAGACGGCAAAGAUCAGCAGCGGAAUGAACCAGCAGCAACAUCAGCAGCUCUAUGAACCUCGCUGCCUCCCCCUUCCUCUACUUCGCCUCUUGACCACUGACAGACAGAGGGAGUGGUGGGAUGCCAUCUAUAGCCUCAUUCACAAACGAGCAGCCCCUAGCAUGUCAGCCAAGCUACGGAUGAUUGUGCAGCAUGGACUGAGCACUCUGAGGGCCGGAGAGAAACAUGGGCUUCAACCAGCACUGGCCAUCCACUGGGCUCAGUGUCUCAGCCAGACGGGUGAUGGAGUGAACUCGUACUACGACCAGAAGGAGUACAUCGGCCGCAGUGUCCACUACUGGAAAGUUGUCCUCCCACUGUUGGAAAGGAUCAAAAACAGACGCAGUAUACCUGAACCCCUCGACCCCCUCUUCAUACACUUUCCCUCCAAAGACAUACAGAUUUCAUCUGUGAAGGGUUAUGAAGAGGAAUUCAAGAUAGCAUAUGCGACUCUCCUUGACAUUGAAGGCAGGACAGAAGAGGCCAUCGCUACCUUGGAAACCAUCAAUAACAUGUCAUCCGUCUGGCAUUUGGCUCAGAUCUACCAGCGGCUGUCAGAGGAGGCCAGCAAUGGGGUUGAGGAGACCCAAGACAGGUGCAUCACGUUCCUGAGAAAGUUCAGGACCUACUUGUCUAAGAUCUACAAUGCCAAUGCUGAUGACAUUGACAAGCUGCCUGUGUCCAUGGAGGAAGUUGUGGACCUCCUGAAUGACGUGAACCAGCAGUUGGGGGAGAGUGGGGAGGCCAUGGAUGAAGACGAGGAGAAAGAAGAGGAUUGUCGAAGAAGACCAGCCCACUCUAGCCCUGCUCAUCCCACAGAAACCAGUGCCACCAUAUCCCACAUCAAGUUUUCCACUCCCUCUCCUAACAAAAGCUUGGUCUCUCCUUCCAAAAGAUUGAUUUCUCCCAAGACACCACCUCAUUGGGUGGAGGACCAGAAAAGUCUCCUUCAGAUGCUGUGUCAGCAAGUUGAAGCCCUCAAGAAUGAAGUUCAUGAUCUGAGGCACAACUCUUCAGGGAACGCAGGCUCUCCUCAUCAUAAGAUGUAUGGGGAAAGCUACGGGGCUGAGGGCCUACAGGAGCCUUUUACCCCAGUCCAGUCCUACCACGGUGCCCCUUUAACAGUUGCCACCACAGGCCCUUCUGUGUACUACAACCAAUCUCCAGCUUACAACUCUCAGUAUCUCCUGCGCACAGCAGCAAAUGUAACCCCCACCAAGGGCCCAAUGUAUAGUAUGAACCGUAUGCCACCUCAGCAGCAUAUGUAUGCCUACCAGCAGCCCACUCACACACCUCCACUGCAAACAGCCCCAACCUGCAUUUACCCUCCUCAAGAGCAAGUCUUUGGUGCCCCUCUGCGAUUUGAAUCGCCAGCCACAAGCCUUCUUUCUCCAUAUAGUGAAGAAUAUUAUGGCCAGAGUGUAACCCAACAAACCACUAACCCUCCUCUACCUGAGCCUGGCUACUUCACCAAGCCAUCUGUUGUCCCUGUUCAGCCACCAAAGAGCAUAGAAGGAAAGCCAGUGGACUUUGGGAAGCUGUCUUUCAGUCAGCAGGCACCUGCUGAAGUCCCCAAAGUGCCUAGUUUUGGAGCAGGGGCAGUUGCCCAGUCAACACCUUCAGCUGCUUUUAAAUUCAACUCCAACUUUAAAUCCAAUGAUGGAGAUUUCACUUUCUCAGCUUCUCAGGCCAAGCACAGUGAAAGUCUCCUUGGUCUUCUUACGUCAGACAUUCCCACUAAAACAGAUACUGUUCCAGAGAAGCCUCCUACUCAGGAGCAGCCUCCCAGCCAAACAAGCAUUUUCACCUUUGGCACUAAAAGUGCUACUAGCUUUUCAUUUGUUGAUUCUGCACAGAACACUGGCACUGGAAGUCUCUUUGGAAAUGUGGACCAGCCAUUUAAAUUUGGGGAUGUUACCAAGCCAGUAUUUGGGUUACCCAAUUAUGCAGCAGAAGAAGAAAGGGCAGCAGAAAGUGACAAUGACAGCACUCAUGUUGAAGAGGAUGAGGAUGGCCCUCAUUUUGAACCCAUUGUACCUCUUCCCGAUAAAGUAGAUGUGAAAACGGGUGAGGAAGAGGAGGAGGAGAUGUUUUGCAACAGGGCAAAGCUAUAUCGAUUUGACACAGAGACAAAAGAGUGGAAGGAGCGGGGUAUUGGCAAUGUCAAAAUCCUAAAACACAGCACUAAAGGGAAGGUCCGCCUCUUAAUGAGAAGGGAACAGGUCCUUAAGAUCUGUGCCAACCACUACAUCACUGUUGAUAUGCUACUGAAACCGAAUGCUGGCUCUGACAAAUCCUGGGUCUGGAAUGCCAUUGAUUAUGCAGAUGAAGAGCCUAAGACAGAGCAACUGGCCAUCCGCUUUAAAACAGUAGAUGAGGCAUCGCUUUUCAAAGCUAAGUUUGAGGAAGCCCAGAAAAUUGUACUCAAAUCGCCAGAAGUGCAUGAUCAACAGGAGAAGAAAGAGGAAAGCUUAAAAGAUUCAGAGUCACUGGCAGCCCAGUUUGCACUCAAAGAAGGGGAAUGGGACUGCACUGUGUGCUGUGUAAGAAAUAAACCCACAGAUAUGCGGUGUGUUGCAUGUCAAAGUGUCAAUCCCAAUUCUUCAUCUAAACAAGACAUUCAGGCUUCUGCUGAAACCAAAGCCAGUCCCUUUACAUUCAAAUUUGGGACUGAUUCAUCAAAACCCAGUAGUUCUGGCUCUACAUUUACUGGAUUUGGUACUUUUGGUGCUUCUAUACCAUCUUCAUUUACAUUUGGGACUGGCACCUCAAAACCUGCUGACACAGUAACCAGUGCAUUUGGAUCUGGCUUUGGAAAGAAGCCAGGGCAGUGGGACUGUGACACAUGUUCUCUGAGAAAUGAGGGCUCUGCAGACAGUUGUGUUUCUUGUAAAGCUGUUAAAGCCUCAGCUAAAACAACUGCCACAGCACAAACCACACCAGCUGUAGAUGCACCUGCAACGCAGCCCUCUAUAUCUGCUGUUGACUCUGGGUUUGGUGCCCAGUUUAGCAAGAAGCCUGGACAGUGGGACUGUGAUGUAUGCGAAGUAAGAAAUGAAGCCUCUUCUGACAAAUGUGUUGCCUGUAAUAGCCCCAACCCUGCUGCUAAGUCAACAGAGGGGGCUCCAGUAUCAUCAAAUCUGACAGCAAUUUCAGGAUUUGGGGCUGAUUUUGCAAAGAAGGAUGAGUGGAACUGCAAAGCCUGCCUGGUCAGAAAUGAUGCAUCAGCUGCUGAAUGUGUUUCCUGCCACGCCCCAAAUGAGGCACCCUCUUUAGAAGCCAUGUUUGCCAAGAAAGAUGGAGAAUGGGAUUGUGACACAUGUCUGGUGAGAAACAAUGCUUCUGCCAGUAAGUGUUUGGCUUGUCAGACACCAAAUCCCAAUGCUAAAAGCACAACCAGCACUGCUCCCUCAGCCUCCACCUUCAGCUUUACCUUUGGAACCAAGAGUUCAUCAAGUCAGCCUGCUGGAACUGGAUUCACAAUGCCUUUUGGAACUGGCAGCACUUUUCAGUUUGGUCAAAACAAAGAUAAAAGCGCAGCUUCUUCUUUCAAGUUUGAAGCUCCUCAGUCUGGAUCUAGUACCACAAGUGCUUCAGGCUUCUCAUUCUCAAUGCCCAUUCCAUCCAGUGGCUUCAAGUUUGGCAUUCAGGACACUGGUAAAGAAACCCCCUCAACUGAUAAUCCAACACCUCCAUCAGGGUCAGCCUCCAGUUUUCUUAAAAGCAUAGCAGAGAAACACAAUGAGAAAGAAAAUGAGUCUACUUCCUCAGUGGAUCAAACGGAGCAAGAUCAAAAUCCAUUAAUUUCUGGAAAAACCGAUACAUUCAGUUUUGCUGACCUGGCAAAGUCGUCUGGAGCAGACUUCCAGUUUGGCCAGAAAGACCCCGAUUUCAAAGGUUUCUCUGGGGCCGGUGAGCAGGUGUUUUCAUCAUUCCAGGCAACCCCCACAAAGGCAGAUGCCUCAAAUGAACUGGAGGAUGACGGCAUGUAUAAAACGGAGGAAAAUGACGAUAUCCAGUUUGAACCAGUGGUUCAGAUGCCGGAGAAGGUGGACCUGGUGACAGGGGAGGAGGAUGAACAAGUUCUUUAUUCUCAGCGUGUCAAACUUUUCAGAUUUGACUCCAGCACCAGUCAGUGGAAAGAGCGUGGUGUUGGAACCCUCAAAUUCCUGAAAAACAACAGUAAUGGCAGGCUCAGGGUGCUGAUGAGAAGAGAGCAGGUUCUGAAGGUGUGCGCCAACCACUGGAUCACCACCACCAUGAAUCUUAAGCCCUUGGCAGGCUCGGAUAAAGCGUGGAUCUGGAUGGCCAAUGACUUUUCUGAUGGAGAUGCUAAUCUUGAACAGCUGGCUGCUAAGUUUAAAAGCUCAGAGCUUGCUGAGGAGUUUAAAGAGAAGUUUGAAGAGUGUCAGAGACUUCUUUUGGACAUUCCCCUACAAACCCCCCACAAGCUGGUUGACACAGGUAGAACGGCACAUCUCAUUCAGAAAGCAGAGGAAAUGAAGUCUGGUUUGAAAGACCUGAAAUUCUUUUUGACUGAUGAGAAAACAAAGAUCAAAGAUGAUGAAAACCAGGCAGAUGUUACAACAUCCAGCAACGUGUCAAGUCUCGUAAUCAAGGCUCACAGUGAAACCACUGGCCCCACCUUGGAGUGGGAUAACUAUGACCUACGAGAAGAAGCGUUAGAUGAUACUGCUGACUCAUCAGUCUAUGCCUCUCCCAUCGCCAGUAGCCCCUUGAGAAAGAACCUUUUCCGCUUUGGAGAAUCUACAGGUGGGUUCAGCUUCAGUUUUCAACCUGGCAUUAGCCCAUCUAAGUCUCCUGCUAAGCUUAACCAGAGCAGAGCCUCAGUGGGUACUGAUGACGAGCAAGAUGUAACCCAGGAUGAGGAGAGGGAUGGCCAGUACUUUGAACCUGUGGUCCCCUUGCCUGAUCUGGUGGAGAUUUCUACAGGAGAGGAAAAUGAACAGGUAGUCUUCAGUCAUAGGGCCAAACUGUAUCGCUACGACAAAGAACUGGGUCAGUGGAAGGAGAGGGGUAUCGGAGACCUCAAGAUCUUGCAGAAUUAUGACACCAAACGAGUGAGGUUGAUAAUGAGAAGAGACCAGGUACUUAAGAUCUGUGCCAACCAUUGGAUCACAGCAACCAUGAAGCUUGAACCUAUGAAAGGUGCUGAGAAGGCCUGGGUCUGGAGUGCCAUGGACUUUGCUGAAGUAGGAGAGGCUAAUAUUGAGCAGUUAGCUGUGAGAUUCAAACUGCAGGAUACUGCAAAUACAUUCAAACAGGUCUUUGAGGAGGCUAAGGUUGCACAAGGGAAAGAUGAACUUAUGAACCCAGUGACAUCUGGAGUUGUCACAUCUCAAGACAGUGGAGCUGCAGGAUCUGCAAAGACUGCUACAGCUGUAUGUGGGAAGGCAGCCAUUGCUGUUCUGGAAGAGACCACAAAGGAACGUACAGAGCUUUCCCCUGACAGUCAGCCAUGUGCACCUGGGUCUCCUGGUCCAGCCAACACCUCAAAGACAGUGGUGUCUCCCCCUAAGUUUGUCUUUGGCACUGAUAGCCUUCAGAAGAUUUUUGGCACUCCUAAAUCUCACUCUGAGACAGAGGAAUCUGCAUCUGGUUCGAAAGCCAAAGAUUCUGGACGACCUGCCAAGGCUUCACUUGCAGCACCUGCGUUCAAAAUCCCAGAGAAAGGGCUGGAUUUUAGGCUUUUCAAAGAUAACCCAAUGGCUUUUUGGACCAGCACAUCAACCACCCAAUUUGAACCCCCAGGGCCCCCUCAGGCAGAAGGAGGUGGUGCAGGGUUGGAGGAGGACUCCGAAGUGGAGAUUGUGUAUGUCAGGGAACCCACUGCUGAACAGGCAGCUUUAGCCAGGAAACUUCUGCUGCCAUUCACUUUCUUCUGCUACCAGAAUGAACCAGGCUACUCCAGUGAUGAUCAAACUGAUGAUGAGGACUACGAGUCAGCAGUAAAAGCCUUGAAUGGAAAGCUCUACCCUGAUCCUCUUGAGAAAAAGGAUGCAGCAUGUGGUGAUGAGCCAGACUGCCAGGUGGUGUGGGAGAAGAAGCCAACGCCGGAGGAGGAGGAGAAGGCCAAAAGCCUCCAGCUUCCACCCACCUUCUUCUGCGGCCUGAGCACCACAGACAGCGACACAGACCACGACAAGCCUGAAGACUUUGAGACAGAAGUCCGCAAGGCACAGCAAGACCUGGAUGCCCAGUUAAACGAAGCUGGAACGGCCUCCACUGCUGAACCCUCAGAGGAGCUGCUGCCAGUCCCAUCAUCCAGCAGCACAGACACCGCAGGCAGCAUAUCUGCACCUGAGGAGCAGACCUCAGACCAGCCAACAGAGACUCAGAGUGAAGCUCCUAGCAGCAGCUCUCCCAUUGACCUGUCAACGAAGAAGAGCUCAGAGCCAGAUUCCAACGGUGGGACUGCAGCUUCUACUGUUUCUUCUACUACAACCAGUCAAGACUCCUCCUUUGGCUUCAACUCAUUUGGUGGCUUCUCCUUUGCUGACUUGGCCAAAAACACAGAGGGAUUUGCAUUUGGAAACCAAGACUCCAACUUCUCGUGGGCAAACGCUGGAGCAACAGUGUUUGGGCCCGCAGUGUCCUCAGCACCAAAAAACAACGGUGAUGAAGAGGGCAGUGAUGAAGAGGAUGCCCCUAAUAAUGUGGAUAUUCACUUUGAGCCAAUAGUGUCACUACCAGAGGUGGAGACAAAGUCUGGGGAGGAGGAUGAGGAAAUCCUGUUUAAGGAGCGUGCCAAGCUGUACCGAUGGGACCGGGACCUCGGCCAGUGGAAGGAGCGUGGCAUCGGUGACCUCAAGAUCCUCUUCCACCCAACCAAACAUUUCUACCGAAUCCUGAUGAGAAGAGAGCAGGUGCUGAGGGUUUGUGCCAACCACACCAUCUCACAGGCGAUGGAGCUCAAACCCAUGAAUGCCUCAGCUAAUGCACUGCUGUGGACCGCCACCGACUACUCAGACGGCGACGGCGUAGUGGAGCAGCUGGCAGCAAAGUUCAAAACCCCUGAGAUCGCCGAAACCUUCAAGAAGACCUUCUGUGAGUGUCAGAGCCGAAUGGGCCCAGCCGGCAGCGACGACUCAUGUAUCUUCUCACCACAGAUGUCUAGAGUUCAAGAGCACUCCAGAGACAGUAAUCCACAGGUGUUCCUUAAAGUGUCAGCUGAUGGCCAGACACUAGGAACUAUCACCAUAGAGCUUUUCUCCCAUAUUGUCCCCAAGACGGCAGAGAACUUCAGGGCUCUCUGCACCGGAGAGAAAGGCUUUGGACUGCGGGAGUCCGUCUUCCACAGAGUCAUACCAGCCUUCAUGUGUCAGGGCGGUGACAUCACAAACAGUGACGGCACAGGAGGAAAGUCCAUCUAUGGCAGCAAGUUUGAGGACGAGAACUUUGAUGUUCGGCACACAGGUCCAGGUAUUCUGUCAAUGGCCAAUCGUGGGCGCGACACCAACAACUCACAGUUCUUCAUCACCCUGAAGAAAGCCGAACACCUGGACUUCAAACACGUGGCUUUCGGUUGGGUUCGGGGUGGCAUGGAUGUGGUGCAACAGAUGGGAGAGCUGGGCACCAAGGGAGGCACGCCUACGAAGAAGCUGGUCAUCACAGAAUGUGGGCAGCUGUAGCUUUUUAAAUGUUAACAUCAAGAUUCACAGCUUGGUUGAGGUUAUAAAGUCAAGGUCAGAGAGGCCUUUGGAUAAUGAUCCCUGUGCAGUGCAUAGCCUCCUGCUCCAUAGUGAUUAGGCAUCUGAGAAUUAAACACCAUCAUAGGACUACUGGCCAAGACCUUUCAUCUUAGAAACUUGACUCCAAUAACCUGGGAUUAGAAAUUAUUUUUCUUUAUAAAUUAUUAUUUCACAAAUGGGAAAGAUGGUGUAGUACUACGCGGGGGAGGAGGCACUUGGAGCAAACAUAAUAUAUUGUUGCUCUGUUGCACUUGCAUCUUUAUAGUCUGUCAAUAAAUUCCCAUUUGUUUAUUUUGUGUGUAUAAUUGUACAUGGACUACUUUUUUAAUGUCUAUUUUUGUUUUACUGUCUUGCAUGUGUUCAGUUUGAACGUGCUGGUCCUCUUCAUAAGCUCCACUUGGGUAUUUUUUCCCUUUUUGAUGAAGUCUUAACUAUAACUGAAAAGUGAGGUUGUUAUUUGAGAGCACCUGUUGGUUUGUAACUGUGCCCCUGCCUUCUCUCCAAAUGCUGCCGCUGUGUACUUCUGACAUUAGGGCUCCCCCAGUGAUUUUUCUUUGUGCAGAUGGAUUUCACAAUGUUCGGAUAAUUGGGCUUCAUAUUUGACCACAUGAACUUCAGUCAUCUCACUGUGUUGUCCUGUGGACACAGGGUGGCUGGACGAUCACAUUACAUCUGGUUUGGAUUUUACAAAGGCGACACAUUAUCAUUUGAGAUGAUCACUAUUAAAAUAAAAAUGGUGCUUGUACCAAAAUAGUAUGAUGAUAAAGGACAAAUAAAGUUGCUUUACAAGUACCAGA